CAAAUGGCCCCAUAUGUGGGAAAAGCUUCAGUGAGAGUUCAAGCCUUGUUGCACAUAGGAGAGCCCACACAGGGGAGAAACCCUUCAGCUGCUCUGAGUGUGGGAAAAGUUUCAGUUGGAAAUCACAUCUUAAUAUACAUAGGAGAAAGCACACAGGGGAGAAAUCCUUCAUCUGCUCUGAGUGUGGGAAAAGCUUCAGCUGGAAAUCACAUCUUAUUAAUCAUAUGAGAAUCCACACAGGAAAAAACCCUUUCAGCUGCUCUGACUGUGGGAGAAGCUUCAGUAAGAGGUCAGACCUUGAAAGACAUAAAAGAAUCCACACUGGGGAGAAACUCUUUUAUUGCUCUGACUGUGGGAGAAGCUUCAGUAGGAGCUCAAAUCUUUUUAGACAUGAGAGAACCCACACAGGAGAGUCGUGUUUUAACUGCUCUGACUGUGGGAAAAGCUUCAGCGACCGGUCACACCUUGUUAGACAUAGGAGAGUCCACACAGGACAGAAACCCUUCAGCUGCUCCGACUGUGGGAAAAGUUUCAGUCAGACCUCAGCCCUUGUUAUCCAUAGGAGACUCCACACAGGAGAGAAACCCUUCAGCUGCUCUGACUGUGGGAGAAGCUUCAGUAAGAGGUCAGACCUUGAAAGACAUAAAAGAAUCCACACUGGGGAGAAACUCUUUUAUUGCUCCAACUGUGGGAGAAGCUUCAGUAGGAGCUCAAAUCUUUUUAGACAUGAGAGAACCCACACAGGAGAGUCGUGUUUUAACUCCUCUGACUGUGGGAAAAGCUUCAGCGAGAGAUCAGACCUUGUUACACAUAGGAAAAUCCGCGCAGGAGAGAAACCCUUUAGCUGCUCUGACUGUGGGAAAAGCUUCAGUGAGAGUUCAAGCCUUGUUGCACAUAGGAGAGCCCACACAGGGGAGAAACCCUUCAGCUGCUCUGAGUGUGGGAAAAGUUUCAGUUGGACCUCAACCCUUGUUAUCCAUAGAAGAGCCCACACAGGGGAGAAACCCUUCAGCUGCUCUGACUGUGGGAAAAGCUUCAGUCAGACCUCAACCCUUGUUAUCCAUAGGAGAGCCCACACAGGAGAGAAACCCUUCAGCUGCUCUGACUGUGGGAAAAGCUUCAGGCACAGUUCACACCUUGUUAGACAUAGGAGAACCCACACAGGAGAGAAACCUUUCAGCUGCUCUGACUGUGGGAACAGCUUCAUUUGAUGGUCACAGCUUAUUAGCCAUAGGAGGAGUCACACGCGGGAUAAACCGUUCAGCUUCUCUGACUGUGGGAAAAGCUUCAGUCAGACCUCAACCCUUGUUAGACAUAGGAAAACCCAUACGGAAGAAGCUAUUCACCUGCUCUCACUGUAGGAAAUGCUGCAGUCAGAAGUCACACCUUGUUAUCCAUGAGAACUCUCACAGAAGAGAAAUCCUUUAACUGCUCUGACUUUGGGAAAUGCUAUAGCGAGAGUUCAAGCCUUGUUGCAUAUAGUUGAACCUACACAGGUGAGAAAACCUAUAGUGGGGGUGAGCAAAAUGUUCUCUGUUGGCAGAAUCCAGCCUUCCUAAGACUUUGAUCCUGUCCACAAGGCAGUGCGAGGCCCCACUUCCAAAUGAGCAUGUGCUGAGGGUGAAGGAGCUUAGCCCCAUCCCCUCUUCAUGGUUUGUAGCCACUAUAGAGGAGGCAAUGCUAGGCUGAGUCUUUGCCACACAACCUGAGGCCGGCACUAGAGGCACUGCUGGCCUCCAGGGCCACAUGGCCAUGUCAGGGGUGCAUGGCUGCAGUAGGAACACCUCCAGGCCUGGACUGAAUGGGAGCAGUAGUGGUGCCUCUGGUGUCCGGGGCUGGUCCUAGUCUGUGUGGCUGCUGCUGCAGCAGUAGAGCCUCUCUCUGCGGUGACCAAGACAGUGUGGCUGGAGAUGUUGCUGCAAGGGAUCCCAAAGCCAGGUAAUAUUUGCUGUCCUUCCCAGACACUCUCUCCCAAUCUCCUCAAUUCCCUUUCCCCUGGCAGCCAGCACCCCCAGCUUGCACUGACACCCUCCUUUUUUCUUGCACCCUCUCUCCUGGCCACACAUUGCUCAUUCCCCCAGGACAGACACCUGCCUGCUUCUGCAUCCCAGAUCCUUCUUCAAGACUCCAACCCUUUCUUGAUGCCCCUGUCAUGUUAUUGGAUUUUAAGGUGAGCAUACUCACCUUAAGAUCAUUGCUGUGCUCAUAGGAAACUGUUUGCCCCAAAUUUGGUACAGUGUGGGCCAUGUGAGGUGUCAAAUGCAAGGUGAUAUUGUGCUGAUUCUAUGUGUGGUAUUCAUGUACUUGUUUGGAGUUUGUAUGGGGAGUUAUGACUAUGGGCUCUGCUGAUGCUGUGUAUGGACUGCCUGUCAUGAGGAAGGAAUCUCCAAUGAGUUACUAUGCUAAUCCGUAUGGCUCCAAGGACAGUGGUUCUCAGGGUGGCAAAUACACACCUGAAGAAUGCAUGUGGAAAGCUGCAAAGCAGCCAGGGCACAAUGGCUGCUGGCAUAUGAAACAGGUCACUUGACUAUGUAACUAGCUCCAGCUUGGGAGACCCAGAAAUGAAUAUCAAAUGUCAUGAGGGGGGGCUCCAUCUUGUCUUCAGUCUUGCUACUUAUCCCAGAUGCAGCCUUGCUAAGGACAGAGACGCGGGAAGGAUUGCUGACCCAUCCUGACAUACAAUGUACACCAAAGACUUUUAUGCUAGCAGUUUGUAACAUCUCUGCUAAGAUCCUGCAUCAGAAAUUUGCUGAUUGAUGUAUGCAAUGUAUUCUCCUUAACAGCCUUACUCUCAACCUUUUCUUUCUUUUAUUAAUAAACCUUUAGAUUCCAAAGGAUUGGUCCACUGUGAUCUUGUGGGUAAGAUCUAAAGUAUAAAUUGACCAGGGAUUCAUGGCUGGUUCUUUUGAACCCGGUGGAUCUGUU